AUGGCGGACGAUUUGGACGAUGAGCUGCUGGCUCUGGCUGGUGGCUCAGAUGAGGAACACUCUCCUCCUCCAGAGGAUAAAAUCGACUCACCCUCGCAUUCAACUUCCUCUCACUCUCCACACCACUCCACCAUGGGUCGCAAAGGUACUGCUAAGCCCGUUCGUCGAUCCCGCAAGGCCGUCAGAGAUGAUGAUGAUGAAGAUGGCGAAGUAUCUGACGCUGAGUCCCAAAACUCCCUCCAGUCAGCCCCAAUGUCCGAAUCUGAUUCGGAAGCUGGGGCUGACUCCGAUGAAGAAGACCGUCCCAUCUUCCCUUACGACAAACUUUACUACUCUGGAAAAGAAAAGCAAGAGAUUAUGGCUAUGCCCGAAAUCGAGCGGGAGACACUGCUAUCUGAUCGUGCCCAACAAGUUGAUCGCCACAACCAGGAUCUCGCUCUACGUCGCCUUCUAGCUUCGCGUGAGCGUGAGGAAAAGCGUGCUGCUGCCAAGCAGGCCAAACGCAAGGCUGGCUCAGCAGGCCUCGACGAAAACCAGCGCAAGAGCUCUCGCCAGAAGACGACCUUGGGUGGCCGCAAAGUUGGAGAGACAUCUGCCGCCAUAGAUGCCUACAAGCGCCAGCGCGAGCAGAAAGGAAAGCGUGACGAGCAGCGCCGCCGUGACCCUACCUCAUCUCGCCGUCGAUCCCGUUCCCCUGGCUCCGGUCGGUCAGAUGAAGAUGGCGAAGCUGAAAGUGACCUUGAAUUGGACGACCGCGUUGGUCGCUCUCCUUCUAUCCCCAAGGACGACCCUCCUGCCGAACUCCGUGACCUGAACCGUGCUCGUGUCGGCCGUACAAAUUUCGCCCAGGUCUGCUUCUACCCCGGAUUCGAGCUGGCAAUCACUGGCUGCUAUGCCCGCGUCAAUAUUGGACCUAACAGCGAGACUGGUCAAAAUGAUUACCGUGUUUGCUUGAUCGAAGGCUUCAACCAGGGCAAGCCCUACGCUAUCGAGGGAUCGAAUGGCCGUCCAUUUAUCACUGAUCAGUAUGCCAAAUUGGCCCACGGCAAAGCUGUGCGAGAAUUCCCCUUCAUCGCUUGCUCAGACUCUGCCAUUACCGAUGCCGAGUACAGCCGUUAUAGAAAAACCAUGGCGGUUGAGGAUAUUAAGAUGGCCACCCAGACCAAGCUGGCUGGUAAAGUCACCGAUAUCAAUCGUCUGAUCAAUCACCGUUUCACUGCCGAGGAGCUGUCCGAGAAGCUCCGUCGACAAGGCGCUUUAGAUCAGAAGAGGAACGUUCGCAAGCGUUUCGAUCUGGAGAAGGAGUUGCAGACUGCCAAGAUCAAUGGAACUACCGAAGAAAUUGAAAAAUUGCAGAAGGAGCUCGAUGCCAUCGUCAGUCCCAAUCUUUCAUGGGGAACCACCAUGAACAAGCCAGUUGUGGAGAAACCACUCAGUGAAGCCGAGCGUGUUCACAUUAUCAACGUACGCAACCAGAAGCUCAACUACGAGAAUGUGCGCCGUGCUCAACUGGACGAGCGCAAGGCCGCCCGUAAGGCCGCAGCCGCUGUCGCUCGUGGCGAGGCGGUCGCUGAUCCAUUCAUGCGUGUACGCACCGUGGCCAAGACCCACCACGAUGUAUCUGAUAAGCCCCUGGAUGAGGUGAAGGUCGAAGAAGCUACUCCUACCGAAAUCAAGGAUUCUAAGCCUGCCACGGACAGCUCCAAGGCUUCCACUCCCAACCCUGGGUUCACCCCGAAGAAGAAGGGCGGCUUCAUGAUCAGCUACCGCAACACCGAUGAUGAAAACAUUGCCGCUUUGGAUAUGGACAUCGACAUCGAUAUCUAG